UGUGUGUGGAUGGAUUGCGCUGCUUUGUCUUGAGUUCAUCAGGAAACUACACUUCCCAUGAACCCUUGCGAGCUAUUGCUUCACUAGUUUCGUACUGUUGACUAUUCUUACAAAUUCCGUCUCAUGGACCUUUUUAUUAUUUAACAUCACUCCCGCGCUGCUGAGAUGGCGGAAUCUGCGUCUUGUCCGGGGUUUCAGCUGGGAAAACCGCGUUACGAGCAGAGCACAUUUCUUGGCAGGUUGAGACAUUUCAUUGAUAUCAUCGAUCCUUCCACUUUGUUUGUGACGGAGAGUCGUUUAAAAGAAUGUAUCAAACUCCUGGAUGAUUUUAAGCAAGGGAAUCUUCCUCCAGGAAUUACAGAUCAUCAGCUCUGGCAGGCUCAGAAGGUGAAGCAGGCCAUCAUUCACCCUGAUACCGGUGAAAAAAUCUUCAUGCCUUUCCGCAUGUCAGGCUAUGUGCCGUUUGGAACGCCAAUCGUUGUUGGUCUUCUGCUUCCAAACCAGACUUUGGCCUCUACUGUGUUCUGGCAGUGGCUCAACCAGAGUCACAACGCUUGUGUGAACUACGCCAACCGCAAUGCCACAAAGCCAACACCAACCUCAAAGUUUUUUCAGGGAUAUGUGGGAGCCGUCACCAGCGCUGUGUCUAUUGCAGUGGGACUGAAUGUACUUAUCGAGAAAUCCAGCAAACUGAACCCUGUCACCAGACUGUUCAUACAGAGGUUCAUCCCUUUCCCUGCUGUAGCCAGUGCGAACAUCUGUAACGUGGCUCUGAUGAGACACAAUGAGCUGUCUGAGGGAAUAGAUGUGUUAGACAGCAACGGGAAUGUGGUGGGAUCCUCACGGAUAGCUGCCAAACACGCACUUAUAGAAACAGCUCUAACACGAGUAGCUCUACCUCUGCCAAUCUUUGUCCUUCCACCAAUCAUUAUGGCCUUCUUGGAAAAGUUUCCUCUGAUGCAGGCCCAUCGCAGGAUGAUGCUGCCUGUGCACAGUCUAGUAUGUCUGGCAGUCUUUGGUCUAUCCUUGCCGCUGGCUAUCAGUCUCUUCCCACAGAUGUCAGAGAUUGAGGCAUCUCACCUUGAGCCGGAAAUUGCCAUGGCAACAGAUUGCAAGGUGCUGACUUACAACAAGGGACUGUGAUGAAAGACAGAGAAGUUUAAUCAGCUGUCGAAGAUUGCAGAGGACAGGUGCAAACAGUAUCGAGGAGGAGAAUGCAUUCUGAGCAAUAGUAACCAGCUAACCCUUUCCUUUACUGCUGAGCCAUUUAUCAGUUUUAUAGAAACUGUUGUAAUAAUUACAGUAUGUACCGUUUUACUGACAACUAUGACAGGGAGGAUACAAGGCCUUAUAUUACAUGAUUUUGUAUGUUAAUAAAUAUACUAAUGUUAAUCAAACAAGUUAUAAAUAAUAAGAGUAGUUAGGUGCAGAUUUAUUAAAUUACAUUAUAUGGUCAUUGACUGCACUUUAAUGAAAAUAUUAUUGCAAGUAACUGUUUAUUUGCAUGUCACACUUAAUAUUUUCCAAAUCCCUGAAAAAAAGUUUAUUUCUUGUUGUUUUUAUGUGUACUUGUACAGAGUUUUAGUCCUUAAGUAUUCACAUUUUAACACUAUUUAUAUUGCAAUAUUGACACACAAAUAUAUGUUUGAAAAUUGUAAAAAAAAAAAAAAAAACUAAUUGAGACUGUGGUUUAUUUAAUUCAUAGCUUUUAGUCUGGUAUUAACAUUUAAUUAUUUGAUUGAUAACAUAAUUUUGAUGUGUAUAUUUUAUUUUGUUUGUUUUUACCGUUUAAGUUGAAUAUUUUGAGUAAUUAUUUUAUUUAAAAAACAAAAAGUUGACCAACUUAAGAUCAAGACACCAUGUACUACCUUUACUCAAGUUAAAAGAGCUUUUAAAUAGGACAUAAUGGAUACAAACAGCAGUAAAAACACACUCAUCAUCCUUUACAAACCAUAAAUGAACAUUUCUCUCAUCUCCCUCCUGUUUCUUAUUCAACUGUUUGUGUUUCACAACAAACCUCCAGGACAAAGGUUCCAGAUUCAGAAAGAUGAGCAACAUUCUUGUUUUUUCAGCUUCACCUUGUCUUUGAAUUUCCAUCACAUAAACUACAUGAUGCAAUAUCUAGCAAAAGUGGAUUUUGGACCAGGAGCUUGCAUCAACACAAACAGCUUCAUAUAUGAAACCUUCACCAGAUUAGAAAGAGAACGUCUGGUUUGAGUGACAGUACCACUGGCUAUGAAAAAAAAGGUACACGUAUACAGUACACAGUACAAAACAAGCAUGGGUCAGACUUGAGCACAUGCAACGGGCUAGUCUUUCCUUCCCAUUCACUUAAAAUUCACAUUAUAUGGCUGAACAUAUAAAGUUAGACGAUAUCUUGCAUAUGCAAGAGCAAUGCAUUAUUAAUGCUUUAUAUAUACAGUACAGAACAAAAGUUUGGACACACCUUCUCAUUCAAAGAGUUUUCUUUAUUUUCAUGACUAUGAAAAUUGUAGAUUCACACAGAAGGCAUCAAGGGCUA